AUGAUGCAGGGCAACAAGAAGUGCACAGAUGGCUUCAGCGACUCCUCGAGCAUCGGCAGCGUGCUGGACGAUGCGGACAGGGAGGUAAGCAGCCUCACAGACCGGGCGUUCCGGAGCCUGUGCAUCUCAGAGGACGCCUCCUUCCAUGACUCCGACCUGGCCCUGUCCCCAGACACCAGUCGCCAGAUGUUUCGGAAUUUACACCAAGGAACAGUGAGCCACACCCACAGGAAGAGUGGCAUUUGGAGCCAGUUACCAUCCCAAGGCACAGAGCACGCAGGCUGGGCAGCUGCCCUCCAACAGCAACCCAAAUACGUUCAAGGAGAGGAAAAGUACCCCAAAAGCAGCCCCCCACCAACGCCAGUGCAGAGGAGACUGGAGGUACCAAUUGCUGGCCUGAGAAGCAGCCACAAGCCUAUGUCCAAAGUGUCAUCACUAAUUAAAUCCUUUGACAGGACUGAGAGCCAACGCUGUGAGAGCAGGCCUGCCACCAGCAAGCCGCCCGCUCUGAAAAAUCCCCCCAAAUUUGCUCCUCUUCCAGACAGCAGUGUCAACUUCUGCUUCGAUUCUGCCUUUCUGACCGUCAGGAGGGUGCCCGCUGAAGUUUCCAGUGCCCAUCAGGGCGGCCACCAGCCCGGCAGGAAGCACGGAGAACAGGAGUCCCCCAAGAAUCCUGAAAUGGCCUGUCACAGCUCCAGCAGCUUCCUCCCAACACCUGACAGGGCGGCCAGCUCACCACCCCACAAGCUGUCCCUGGGUGAGCCUGGAAGGAGCAAGGAGUGGGCUCACAGAGGGACCUUUCUGCACAGUGAAAACAGUGCUUUUGAAUCAUGGAAUGCCCAUCAACCAAAGCUGCUGGAAAGAAAGGAUACUGAAACGACCCCAGAAAGCAAAGCUCCCAAACAUUAUGAGGACAUGCCCUUGUUGAGAGAAGCCCAUCCUCCUGAGUGCAAACGCUCUCCCAGCCAAGCCCAGCCCAGCUUCCAUCAGGAAGAGAACAUACUGGCCACCGGGGCUCCAUCCGCAUCCGGACCCUGGGGAUUCAGGGAUCCAGCAGCCCAGUCGUUCACUAUGGAGGGAAAAGCCUCCAGUUCACAGCCUGACCCCCAGGUGAAGCCAACCCAGGCCCCAUGGAGAAAACCAAAGACUGACAAAAGAGGGAAAGAAAGUCUGCAGAAAGCUCCAGAAGAAAAGAAACCAACCUCUAGGAGAGACCCACCUCUGUACACAAAGCACGACCCCCAGGGGCAAUUUCCAGAAAAUGAUGCUCUUGAUAUGUCUGUGGACCCCAGCGAGCACUACGAUCCCCCUUUUAACAUCAGCAAGCUGCUGACGCCUGUCAUACCCAACAAGCAUGCCCUGGAUUCAUCUGAUGCUCAAGCAGCAGAGACAACCCCUUCGCCUCCGGGACAGCUCAAUGGAUACCAAGAGAAGGAGCCCAGUGAAUGUCAGCCACGAGACAGCUACAAGGCCAAAGCCUCUAGCCUGCUGUUCAACCUCAAGGAUGUGCGGAAGCGUGUUAAGAGCACAUACAGCUCCUCGCCUCUUUUGAGAGGCCUAGAUGAGAAAACCAGAGGUAAAGUUGAUGGAAAGCAAGAGCCCAUCAGCAAUGGUGUGCUUCCCAAUGGGCUUCAGGAAAGCCCCCCAAAGGAGCUUGCCAAGGAGAGACCUACAGAUGCCCCCACUGUAUCACAGAUCAGUGCCCAGAACCUUACAGCCAACCCCAGUGAGUCCCCUACAGACAGCUGUCUAACUCCUAGCACACCUCCAACCAUCUCCAAUACACCCUUCUGUGUCAACGGAGAAGCCUCCGAGAGGAACAGUCAUGAGAACAACAACGGAGAUGGAGAGUCGGAGAUGGGUUCCCCCAGGUCUGGAUGGUGUCCAGACCCCAGGGAAUACCACCCCAGGAAGCAGCUCUCCCUGAAGCUUUGCAACAGGGAGUCUGAGGCUGGAGAGGCUACAGAGAAAACUAAGACCCACCAGCUAGAAAAUGGGUUCUUGAGAUCCAUCUCCCAAGAGACAGAACCAGAGAGAGAGGGAGGACUUCAGAACCCACAGUUGAACCAGAAAUUCUCCCCAGGGCCCCAGUCUCCCGAGGAGGAAGAUGUGUUUUACAGUGACACCCAGUCUGAUUUUAUGCCAGGCCUCAAAAGCAAGGCCAAAUUCAGCACCAGCUCUUCAGAUCAAUCAUUUGCCUCGUUUGAUGACCAGCAGAAGACGUGGUUUGUUGAGAGCCAGCGGGAAGACAGGAAGAAUGACUUGAGUGCAGGUGACAGUCAGAAGGAUGAGAAGGAGAAGGUGAUGGGGGGAGAUGAGCCACAGUGCUGUGCCUUAAGCGACGGGCACGCACAUGUGGAAGAGCACAGCAAGAAGGAAGCGUUGCAAAGAGAAGGGGAAAGUGUGUCUGUAGGAGGAAGACCCAGGAAGGCACCAACAGAGGAAGCUAAUUUCAGAGGCGCUUGGGUUGGGGGACAUAGGAGUACCUCCCUUCCACAUACCAAAGACCUUAUGCCCUCACCAUCUUCUGCUGCAAACAAGCACAUACUGUUUCCAAUUAAAGACAACACACUCAGGGCUACCCCCGUAAUAAAACCUAUUAUGCUGCCUCUCCUGAGGACCAUGUCCUCUGAGGACUCUCUUGCCAGUGGCCACAGAGAGGACUCACCAAGGCCAGGAUGGGGCGAGGAUGCUGGUUUCUGUACCCCAGGAAGCCAGGAAAUGCCUGGCAUGCUGACACCUGCUAACACGCAGGGCACACAUGUGAAGCUCAUGGCCUGUGAUGUCACCAAGGACCCUGGGCAGGUGUCUGGCACGGCCAGGAUGGAGACCUCUCAGCUUGCCCCAAAGGGGAAUUCUCCAUCUCUGGCUCUGGCGGGAGAGGGGAAGGGGAUGAAGCCACCUCCAGAUGCAGCACGUACAGUCAUGGCAAAUGAUAGCAAGAGAAGUUCCACAGACUCGGGAAAGCGGGCCGCCCCCCGGGACAUCCCCACAAUUGCUUUACCCGAGGGUGACUUAGAAGACCAGCCACUACCAUGGCAGCCUGAAACCUGCUGGGAAGAACAGACACAAGGUUUCAAUAGCCACUUAUUGUCUACACCCAGAGCACGGCCACCUUGGAGAAGACUGGUCCCUGGUGAGAUGGUAACUUCUCCCAACUCCAGCUCCGUGGGGGAGAGCAGCGUGUGCUCCCCUGCCACCAGUGAACUGGAGCUGCUGUCCCAGGAUCCUCAGGCCAGCCCCUGGGCCAGCCUUGGUCCUGCCAGGGUCACACGAAGGGAGGACCUGACCCAUGCCCUCAUGUGGGAGGCCAGCUCAGACCCUCAACUUGAGCCAUCAGCAGAAGACCUCCGUACACUCUCUCCAAGAAGCUCCCUGCCAGAUGUGGCUGCCAGCUCUGCCAGCACUCCUGGGAGGCUGGAGCAUCUUGUGCAGCUGGAAAGGGCAGCCGGCAAGCCACCUGCAGUCCCUCCCAAGACAGAGAAGGCCCUGCGGCGGGCGAAGAAGCUGGCAAGCAAGAGGAGAAAGACUGAGCAGGUGCUCGAGAAGCAUGGCGAGUCCCGAGAGGGAAAGCCCUGCCCUGAGGACUUGGACUGGACAGAGCAAAGGCCUCCGUCCCCUGGAGAGAGACCCCAACAGAGCUUCCCCAUAGUCCGCUCCCUGCCCCCUCCCCUGCACCGCCACUCUGUGUCUGGCUUCCCGGAGCUUGUCAGGAGGCAGUCGGGGGGACCCCAGGCCCUCACACCCCUGCCCUCUUACCCUGCCACGCAGAAGGUGCUCCAGGAUCCCCAGUCUGGAGAGUACUUUGUCUUCGACUUGCCACUCCAGGUGAAAAUCAAGACCUUCUAUGACCCAGAGACGGGCAAGUAUGUCAAGGUCUCCGUCCCCUCCUCAGAGGGGGCCUCCCCUGAGCCGCCCCCGCCAGAUGCCCUGGCUGCUCCCUACAUGCUGUACCCCGGCUUCCAGCCCGUGCCCGUGACAGCCCUGAUGCCCCUGCGCUGCUCCUCUCAGCUCUCUGCCCCCACCUUCCUGAGGCAGGCCCCGUGCACCGGCAGGGCAGCCCGAGCCAGGCCCCAGAGUGCCCAUGAGGCUGGACUGCUGCCGGCCCUGGGGUCUCAGGGUGACCCCACCCAGCACUCUGCAGGCCAGUCCCCCCAGAGGCCUCCCCAGGGCCCAGAAGAAGAGGGCACAGAAGCACCAGGCCUGGGCAUCAUCUCCACAGACGACCUGGAGGACUUUGCCACAGAGGGCAUUUCUUGA